GAGUGUCUUCUCGUCUCCUGUCAACGCUGCAGUGCCACUCUGUCACGACAAAAAAGCUUUCCCUUUGCUGCUGCCAGGACAGGAGCCAACGAGCACUCAUCUCCCGAAGAAAGCCGUGGGGAGUGAGGGAGCUGUUCCAGCCGUCUUCCUGCCUCUGCUCUUCGUGUCCUGUAGCCCAUGGAGGUCAGCCCUGUGGCACAGCAGGGGCCAGCGGGACUCCCCUGGUAUGUGGCGGGCUCCCAGGCCCUGGGCCUGGCCUGCGUGGUCAUCACUGGCGUGUGGAUGGGGCACUACCGGGGCGGCUACGCUUGGGACGGCUCCUCCCAUGAGUUCAACGUACAUCCCCUCUGCAUGGUGCUGGGACUGGUCUUCCUGUAUGGCGACGCCAUCCUGGUCUAUCGAGUGUUCCGGAAUGAGAGCAAACGUAGCACCAAGAUUCUCCAUGCCACGCUCCACCUCUUUGCCCUCAUUGUCAGCAUUGUCGGUUUUGUGGCGGUGUUCGACUUCCAUGCGAGCUCCAAAAUUCCCAACAUGUACUCCCUGCACAGCUGGUGUGGAAUGGUGACAUUAGUCCUAUUCUGUGUUCAGUGGCUGAUGGGCCUUGGCUUCUUCCUGUUCCCCGGGGCGUCUCCAUGGCUGCGCAGUUGGUACCUCUCCCUGCACGUCUUCUUCGGGCUGGCACUGUUUGUCCUGGCAGUGGGCACGUCUCUACUGGGAAUCACUGAGAAGCUCCUCUUUAGCAUCAAGUCCACAUACUCCACGUUUGCACCCGAGGGUGUGCUGGCGAAUACGCUGGGCCUGCUGCUGGUAGGUUUUGGGGUGCUGGUGGGAUACAUCGUAACACGGGAAGACUUCAGGCGCCCCCCACACCCAGAGGAAGAGGCCCUAUCCAUGCAUUUCAAGACCCUGACGGAAGGCGAAAGCCCCAUCUCCCCUUAGAACUCCUAUCCUGCUAUUCUCAGUCCUGCCAGAGCUCUGCACUACACACCAAUACAGAUCACUUGCAUGCUCACAGUGCCACCUUGUGUUCAGACCUAGGCAUGGACCAAGAUGGGGAAUAGGAAAGUGGCAUAAAGGUGCUGUUUAGUUUUGCUUGAUAAGGGUUUAUUAAUUGAAAUAAUUAAAAUCUGUAAUCAGGUAGUGCUGAAAAGGAAGUGCUGAAGGAGUUUGUGAAAUCCAAGGAGACACAUGCCUUUACUAUUAAUCAGUGCCAUAUCACAUCAAACUGGCCAUUCUGGUUGCAGAGACCAAAAAAACAUUAUUGCAAUCUACACACAAGAGGUGAGCACUGGCAGCAGCGACUCUUGAAAUUGGUCAUACUCAUAGAAUUUUAAAUCAAACAGAACACAUUAUUCUUUACAGCAUCUAACUUCUCUAGAAUGGUAAAAUACAUUUGAAGUGCUUUUGUUUUGGCUCUGCCAUCUAUACUUGUUCAACAACCAAAUCUCCUCACUGCAUUUAGCUCAUAGUGUCCAUACAUUUGUUGACCAAUAAAAAUUAUAGCUGUCAAUUCUUCAUAUGUGGUAGGCUAGACUUCCAGCUACCAUCUGAUCUCACACUAACCCAGAAAAGGUACAGCCUUGUAUGUUUUCAUUCUUUAAGAAACUACACUAUCUAUAUGAAGAGUGAACAAAAUCUUAACACAACAAGAAACGUUACUGCAUAGUCCUUGGACUGAUUUUGUUAGCUGAGGUGAAUUUGUGUAUAUGAUGGCCAGCUCAGCCAUUUAUCAUAUUCACUAGAUAAUACUGGCUAGCCAGACAGAAGGGAAGACAGACAAGCUAGGUAACAUUUCAGAGCCCCUCCAAUGAGGUAAGGUAGCUCAUUCCAGGGAAAUACCUGUAAUGCUCAACAACGUACUGUGUUUUCUGUUGACUUUCAUAAGAGAUAAGAUCCUCAGAUUAACAUAUACAGAUCUCACUUUUCUUACAGCAUGUUAUAUUAACUGACACUGAUAUCAAAUGACAGCUGUGUUUAGGUUUAUGCAUAAAAUAUUAAGAAUUGACAGCUAUAUUUGAAGCAUUUGUUAAACUGCCAUUGACUCCCUAGUAAAUGCACUGAAAAUUUGUUGAAUAUUGUCACACUUUACCAAUGCCUAAGCUCUGAAAAUCCUGCCUGACAUGUCUGUUAUGGAUGUCCAUUUCCUGCCAUUUAUUAGUAUACUCUCUUUGCUG